CUCACAGUUCCCACGCGCAGCACAAAACCAGUGACCGGAACCUCCCUAGGAGGUAAGGACGACCUAGUGCACUCAUCAGAGAAUUUCGGCCAGUGGCCUCCAUAUUGCCUGAUUCCUCCAUCGCCAAGGACAUCGAAUUCAUAAUGCCUCUGAGCGACCAGUCUCUCGACCGGCUUCGAGCCUUAGUGGACGAUUCGGUAGCCGAUCAGAAGAAAGGCAUUCCUGGGGUUACAGUCGUUGUCGUUGGCAAGGAUGGAAAGGAUCUCUUCGCACAUUCGGCAGGCAAACAGGGAAUCACCUCCGAGCAACCCAUGACUCUUGAUAACAUCUUCUGGAUAGCCUCAUGCACCAAAAUGUUGACAGGUGUGGCGUGUAUGCAACUGGUGGAACAAGGUCUUUUAUCACUGGACGAUGGAGAACAAAUCGAAAAUCUCUGUCCCGAGUUGAAGGACCUCAAGGUUCUCCGAUCUGACGGUGUGCUGGAGGGAAAGAAAAACCGCAUCACCUUACGCAUGCUUUUAAGCCAUACCGCGGGCUUCGGCUACACAUUUUUUAACGAAAGGCUGAGAGACUGGUCUUUCCCCGCAGGAAUUGACGAGUUCUCGAGCCGCAUAGAGGAUGUCACUCAACCGCUCCUGUUCCAGCCAGGAGAGGGAUGGGAGUAUGGUGUCGGUAUUGACUGGGCUGGUAUUGCCCUUGAACGCCGCACAGGGGAUACUCUGAACACCUACCUGCAGAAGCACGUGUUUCAGCCACUUGGCUUGAAGAACAUAUCGAUGUUUCCAAACGAAGACAUGCGGGCCAAGUUGGCACACAUGCAUGCACGAGAUCCGGACGGCACCCUUCGUCCCAGAGAUCACCUACUGCGCCGCCCACUCGUGGUGGACCUAGGCAACGAGAAAGAGAUAGCGUCAGUCUUCAACAGUGGUGGCGCUGGUCUGUUCGCGAAGCCUCAAGAAUACACCAAGGUUCUCGCUGUUCUUCUAAAUAAUGGGACCUGCCCCAUAACCGGCUCCCAGAUACUCCUCCUCAACUUGUGGGCUCAGGUUGAGGUGGAAGUGUACAAAGCGCUGUCUCAGUAG